UGAGUGUCAAAAACGAAGUGAGCAGCCGAUCAGCAGCUGCAGCGAAAAAGGUAAUUUUCGGUAGUUUUUGUUGUUAAGUGAGAGCAGUUAUUUAUUUUUCUUAAUGGAAAAUGCGACAGAAUAUUUAUGGUAAGAAAAAUACUUGUAUUUAAUGGAUACAAUGUAUGCAAAACAUCGACAGCAAUCACACCUGAGAGUUAACUUAAAAUGAAUUUUUGUCAAAUUUUGUUGAACAGAAGAAAAUGGAUUUUGCGACAGAUGCUGUUGGCGCUCAUUAUUUUACUACUCACAUUGUGCUUUUAUUUAAGAAAUGUAACGACGUUUUUUAACUACAAGAUUAGACAAGAAAUGCUACAAAAGGGUUCUUCAAUUUUUCCUUCUUUCAAAUAUAAAAUAACGAACCACAUAUGUGACGAAAAUGUUUUUCUUCUGAUAAUAGUGCAUUCUGCUCCCGGACAUUUCGGUCAUAGGAAUGUGAUCCGAGAUACUUGGGGAAACCUGGGAAAAGAAUUCCCCAUAGUCAAAGUUGCUUUCCUUUUGGCGGCAGCAGAUCAUUUGCAAAACGAGAUUGAAAAAGAAAGCCACAAGAACAGAGAUAUCGUGCAAGGUAACUUUUUAGACUCCUACAGAAAUUUAACGUACAAGCAUCUCAUGGGUUUGGCUUGGGCUCAAAAAUUUUGCAAGCAAACGAAAUUUCUGCUCAAAAUGGAUGAUGAUAUUUACAUGGACAUUUACCAGUUUUUGGACUACAUAAAACUCCAAUUCAACCAGACGGCUUUGUUGAAUAAAAUUGCUUGCUAUUUUCAGUCAAAUAUGCCAGUUGUUAGAGAUCCAGUCAGCAAAUGGUAUAUUACCAAAGAGGAAUACAAAGAAGACAAAUUUGAGAAUUAUUGUUCAGGAUGGGCAUAUUUAACCACCAUUAAUGUGGCAGGGAAAUUGCACCAAAUGGCUAAGAUAACUCCAUACUUUUGGGUGGAUGAUGUCCAUGUAACAGGAACUUUGGCAAGUAAAGCAAAUGUUUCACUGAUAAGAUUAAAUCACUUGUUUGACAUUGAAACAGAUGGUUUAGCAGAUUGGACUUAUAAAGCAGAUGACAUUAAAUGGAAUAAGAUGUUCGCACCAACAUGGGGAGACUUGAUGAUAAGCAGACAUGCCCACAAAAAAUCCAAAACGUGUUAUAUUGCAAAGUGCAGAUGCUGCUAUGCAAGAAAAACAACUUCAGUGCCAAAAACAAAAGCAACAACAUCAAAAGGAGUAGCAAAAUUAAUUUCCUUGACUCACAAUAAAUGGUUCAAGUCAAAACACAAAUUUUAGAAAAACUAUACAUCAGGACACCACUAUUGUACUUUGGAAAAAUAUUUGGGGUAAGGUACCUCUUUAUAAGAUAGAUGGAUAUAGGAUUUGUUUUCUUUUAAAGGUGAUUGACACCAUUUAACAUUUAAAUUUGCAUUAUUUUUUGUAAUAAAAAAACUAUUUCGGGGAUCGCCAUUAAGUCCGGCCCCUAGUAUUUCUGCUGAAUUUCAUCUAAAAAUUAAAGAAUUA